AUGGCCCAUCUGGAGGACCUGGAGCAACAACCGGCUCUGCCGUACCAGCUACCGGAUCUAAUGGCCCAUCUGGAGGACCUGGAACAUCAUCUGGCUCUGCCGUACCAGCUACCUGGUCUAAUGGCCCAACUGGAGGACCUGGAGCAUCAUCUGGCUCUAACGUACCAGCUACUGGAUCUAAUGGCCCAACUGGAGCACCUGGAGCAACAACUGGCUCUGCCGUACCAGCUACUGGAUCAAAUGGCCCAUCUGGAGGACCUGGAGCUUCAUCUGGCUCUGCCGUACCAUCUACCGGCUCUUAUGGCCCAUCUGGAGCACCUGGAGCAACAACUGGCUCUGCUGUACCAGCUACUGGAUCUAAUGCUACCGGGUCUAAUGGCCCAUCUGGAAGACCUGGAGCAUCAUCUGGCUCUGCCGUACUUGCUACUGGAUCAAAUGGCCCAUCUGGAGGACCUGGAGCUUCAUCUGGCUCUGCCGUACCAUCUACCGGCUCUUAUGGCCCAUCUGGAGCACCUGGAGCAACAACUGGCUCUGCUGUACCAGCUACUGGAUCUAAUGGCCCAUCUGGAGCACCUGGAGCAACAACUGGCUCUGACAUACCAGCUACGGGAUCUAAUGGCCCAUCUGGAGGACCUGGAGCAACAACAAGCUCUGCCGUACCAGCUACCGGAUCUAAUGCUACUGGAUCUAAUGGCCCAACUGGAGGACCUGGAGCAUCAACUGGCUCUGCCUUACCAGCUACCGGAUCUAAUGGCCCAUCUGGAGGACCUGCAGCAACAACUGGCUCUGCCGUACCAGCUACCGGAUCUAAUGGCCCAUCUGGAGGACCUGGGGCAUCAACUGGCUCUGCCGUACCAGUUACCGGGUCUAAUGGCCCAACUUUACCACCUGGAGCAACAACUGGCUCAGCCGUAA